AUGGGUUGUUUGGCCAUAAUAAUAUUGGCCGCAGUUGGAGCAAAUGCCAUUUCUUUAUCGAAAAAUGCAGCUGGAGGUGGAUGUCUUGAUCUAAUGUGCCCAGAUACAUCAAUGCAUUAUGGUAGGAUUGUUUCAAAUUUUUUGAUUAUGAAAUUGGUCAUUUUUAGGCCUCCGAAAUUUGGUCAACGAUGACACUUUGAAAACCGAUGCGUGUGUUUCUUGCGAUCAAUGUACGGAAAAUGGUUACAGUGUCUGUUUAAGACAUCGUGAUCAAUCGAGAGCAACUCGAACAUCACAUGGUGGAUGUAGUUGUUCACAUCAAUUACCAGCAAAUUGUCAUACUGAUACUAAUCAGCGAACACAUCCAGCUAAUAUUACAAUGCAGCAAUUUCAAACAUGUUUCAGUGAUGGUAAUUUUUCAUUUCAAUUUUUAAUCAGAAUUUUUAAAAAUAAGAUCUGAAAAACUACAGUAAUUCAAAAAUUACAGACAUUUUUUUUAAAAACAAAUUUCGUUCGAAUAAAAUAAAAAUUUACAUAUUUUUCUAGUUAUCCAACGUCCACCAAAACCAUUAGCUGUCAAUGAAAACUCGUCAAUUGUUGUUACAAUCGAACCAUUCUGGCUCGAACCAUACUGGAGAAAUUUGAAAGUGACAAACUUGAAACUUCACUACAAAUUCAAUGUCAAGAAUCCAGAAAACUGCGAAGGUGAACUCGAAACUUCAGCAAGUGGUGUUCAUACUUGUGUAGCUAAUGUUGAUGUUGAUAUGACGGAUAGUGAAGAGAAACCAGCAACGAAGAAUGAGGUUGAAGAUGAUUAUGAACAUAGUGAUGUAAGUUUUAUUCAUCUAGAUAUACCAAAUGAUCUCGAAUUUAUUUCAGAAUUACGAUCAAUAUGAUGACGACUUGCCACCUGAGGUUCAAUUUGAUCGUGAUGUUUUCUUCGGUGCUCAUGAACUUGAAACCUAUUACACCGCAAAAGUUGAGAGAUCAAGAAUUCUCAAUGUGUUGACAAAGAAAAUCUAUGACCUUGAUUAUACCACCGAAUCUGAACAUUUGAAAUUCGAUUUGAAGCCAGAACUCUAUGAAGAAAAUAUUGCACAGGAUACUCCUUUGAGCGAAAAAGUAACAUCAACCACAACUGAAAAGGCUCCAAAGAAAGAAGAAUCAAAGAAGGAAAAUGAGAAAGAGAAGGAAAAAGUGAAAGAAGAAGAAGAUGAAGUUAUUGAAAGUGUGACUGAAUCUGAUGACAGUGCAACCAGCGAAGAAAGAGGGGGAACUGAUUUCUUCGAAGAUGAGAAAAAGAAAGAAUCGAAAGAAGAAGCUGAAGAGAGAGAAGAUGAAGUUGUUGUUAAUUUGGCUGAUAUUGAACCAACUAAACUUAAAUCACAAGAAGCGGCAAAGAAUGCAACUUCGGUUGAGGAAAGUGGAGAAGAAGAAGAAGGAGACGAGGAGGAGAAAGCCUCCACAACCACUGAAGCUGGAAAAGAAUCAGAAGAUGAUGGAACAACUGAAAAACCAGAAUCAUCUUCGGAAGAAAAUGAUAAAGAAGAAGGAGAUGAUGAAGAAACAACCACAACAGAAUUGGUCGAAGGAGAAACAGAAAGUGGUGCUGAUUCUGAAGAAGAAUCCGAGUCGAACAACGAGACAAGCUUCAUUACAAGAAUCACAGAUAGUUUCGAUUUCCCAAGAGUUCGUCUUGUUUUCCUCAUCACAUUGGCAUCUUUUAUUCUGUUCAUUCUAAUUAUUAUCUGUCUUUUCUAUCGAGACAAAUAUUGUUGUUGCAAGGUAUGUGAGGUUGAAAAAAAAUUACAGUUGAAUUUAGAUACAUUUACAAAACAUGUAGAAAUUCCUUGUAGAGAACAAUUUUAGCUUCCAUCCAUACUUUAGAUUUUUUAUUCUUGUAGAACUGAAACUGAAUGAUCCAUUUUUACUCGAAAAAAACUUCAGAACAAGAUUUGGAGCUACAAAAAACAAGAGCAAACCACAGAAAAUAACGUGCCAGUUUUUGUUUGCACAGUCUCAUGUUGCUUCCAGAUCUUUGAGACUUGGAUGUUUUUUUUUCAAUAAAAAAUAAAUUGGAUAACCCUCAAACAAUACGUCAUAUUUAAUUUUUACAGAGCAAAUCCACAAAAUCGGCCAAUGGUUAUCGCUAUUCAUCAGCCAAUGCUCCACCAUCAACCGAGUUGGUGAGUCGAGAGAAAGAGCAUCUUCGACAAUAGACUCAUUACACACCAAUCAAUUCUUAACAACACUUCAAAUACGGUUCUUCUCUCCUAUUAUUCUUGUUUUAUACAUUUGAAUUAUCUAAAACACACCACAAUUUGUAUGCCCCCCUUGUAUCGAUCAUGACUAAUCAAUUAAUUGUACACAUACCAGAAACACUUCCCAACUCUUUUUUAAAUUUUUGAACUUUUCGGUGACCGUUGUUGUAUUUUGCAUAAUAAUUAUAAUAAUAUAUAAUUUUGAUGAUGAAAGAGAUAUAUUUUGAGAUAAAUAAAGUUUUUGAAUUAUUAUUCUUGUAUGAUAACGUGUCACCGAAGGAGCACAAAUAAUUGCAAUUUUAAUGGUGUUUCAGAAUCCAAUGAUUUCACGAACAACAUCUGUGGGUGGCGGUGGAAUUGAAGAAACUGAAAUUCUUGAUAAUUUCCGAAGUGUGAUAGGUUCAGCAACAACAUUCAAUCCGAAUAAAGUUGAAAUUGGAAUAUCGGUUGGAAUGGGAAGAUUUGGCCCAAUAUACCGUGCAAUGUUCAAUUCUUAUAAUGGAUCUGUUCACGAUGUUAAUAUUUAUCUUCUCAAAAGUAGGGAUGAUUUUUGGGAUUAAAAAAAUAUGUUCGAAGUUACAGAUGUUAAUCGAUUACCUGAUGAUCAAAUAAAUGAGUUGACUACUUUAUUGAAGGCCAAUGUAUCCGCCGGUGCUCAUCCGAAUGUUGUUUCACUUUGUGGAGUUACUCAAGCUGGACCAGGUAAUUAUAAUUACUAAAAAUUAACUCACAAAAUGCCCUGACAGCUAGCACGUUUGCCAGCUCGCAGACAGCGUCUGCGAGCUGGAAAAAAAUCCUAACUUGAUCUUGUAUUCAAAAAAUCUCAUAUUCCACAUUGCAGACACGAUGUUGAUGUGGGAACCAUUACAUCAACCAACCCUUCAAGGAGUUCUGCGAGAAAGUAGAUGUGCUCGAUUUGGAUCCGAACCUUUUAAUUUCGCAAGUUUCUUGAGUUCAGAACGCCUGGCUACAAUGGCCAUCGGAUGUUGUACUGGAUUAGACCACCUUCUCAAAAAGAAUGUAUAUCCUAGUCACAUUUCUACUUCAAAUGUGUUGGUUGCUGAACGCGGAAUCGUGAAAAUCGGCGGUUUUGGUUUAGCCGAUCAUCACGCUCUGAACAUGGAACAUUCACCAAUAAAAACCCGUUGGCAAGCUCCCGAACACUUCAAAAAUCAGCCGAUGUUAAUUGGCGAAUCAACAAUCAUCUGGUCAUUGGGAGUUGUUUUAUGGGAGAUAUUCUCAUUAGGUGGAACACCAUUUGUCAGUCUUCGACAACUUCAAACAUUUAUUGAUAGUAUGCGAGAUGGAAGUGCAAAAUUAGAUGAUAUUCCGUAUUGCGGAGAGGCUGUUUCACAAUUAUUAUCCACGUGUACUUCUCAUACACCCGAAGCUCGAGGUGAUAUUCGAACGAUUAUACGACGAUUAGAAUGUAUUUCUGCUGAUGCGAAGGUUAGUGGGGAUUUUUUGAAACUAAUUUUCAAUAAAACGUUUUAUUGCAGGCUCAAAUAAAUUUGGCAUACCGCGAAGAUUUUCCCUACUUACCGAUUGUUACACAACUCGAACAACAAGUUGAAGAAGAAUUUUAG